UGUAUGCAGGGAAUGUAAUGACCUUGUCAUUUCCUAUCAGAGAAUAUGCUAAUUUCUUGCCAAAAAAAGUAGCCGACUCCAUUCCUUUAUCCAAGUCACAAGUACCAAGCCUUCUUCAACUAUUUAAGCUCACAAAAAAUUCUCCUCAAGGUGAAGAUAUGCAAGACAUAAUUGAUCAAUGCGAAUCUCCACUACAAAAAGGGGAGACCAAAGCUUGUCCUACUUCAAUGGAGUCUAUGGUUGAAUUUGUUCAUAGUGUUAUUGGUGCUGACGCUAAAUAUAACAUUCUCACAACUCAAUACCCCACAACAUCAGGUGCAGCUUUGCAAAACUACACCAUUUUGGAAGUAUCAAAGGAUAUCUAUGCUCCUAAAUGGGUAGCUUGUCAUCCAAGGCCUUACCCUUAUGCUCUUUACUAUUGCCACUAUCUAGACAUAGGGAGCAGGAUCUUCAAAAUUGAUUUAGGAAUCAAAUGUAAUGAGGAAGUUAUUGUAGCGUAUGGUUUAUGCCACCUAGACACAUCUGACAUGCCUCCUAAUCAUAUCAUAUUCAAGUAUCUUGGAAUGAAGCCCGGGGAAGGUCCACUGUGUCAUUUCUUCCCUGUAAAGCACAUUGUUUGGGUGCCACUCCCAUCAGAGGCCUCCAACUGA